AGAGGGAAAGAGAGAGAAUGGGGGGGAGAAAGGGUUUCUGAGAGGGAGCGAGAGAAAGAAAGAGAGGUUCAUGGACCAUGUCACAGCUUCAGCGUUCUCCAUGUCUUCUCGUCCACGACGAUGCACUUUAGGAUCUCAAUAAGAUGCGUGUGUGUUUGCAGAUCAUCGGCUUCCUCUUCGCCGCAAACUUUGACCUCCCGCCGCUCCGAGCCCAGGAUCCCUCCUGUUGCCACCAUGCUGCCGAGUUCUCCCCUUGUAAAGAAGCUUGUGAUCAGCUCGCCACUAUAAAGAGUGAGUCUCGUUUGAAACAUCUCCUGCAGAGAUUGCCAAGUUACUGUCCAGAGUCAAUGAAUGAGCUGUGGGUUUGCAUCAACUCUACACUUCCAGGAGUAUCAAGAAAGUCAGACAGCUGGGUAGGGCUUGGUUGUUGUGAGCUGGCUAUCUCAUCGGAGUGCCGGAGGGAAUGCAGACAGGCAUCAUCCAAAAAUGACCUAACAAAAGUAUGCAAAAAAGUCACAGAGAAUCCUUUACACAGCUGCAUCACCAAAAAUGAAAUGGGCUCCACGUGCUGCAGCUAUGCGGGGCGUCACACCACCUGUAGAGAGUACUGUCAGGCCAUCUUCAGGACCGACUCAACCCCCACCGUGUCUCAAAUCAACGCCGUCAAAGAGUACUGUCAGAGCCACAGUGCUCAACUCCUCAGCUGUGUCGCUAAUUUCACCAAGUCCUACCCAAUACGCAGCCCUAUAGACAGUCUGUACUGCUGUGACCGGGCGGAGGCUACCCACUGCCAGGUGGCUUGUCGGCGAAUCCUCCGUACCUUGAGCACAGAGCAUGAGAUCAUGGAGGGUUUGAUCGAUGAGUGUGGCUCCCAACCUCUCCCCCAAGAUCCCAUGUGGCAGUGCUUUCUGGGAAGUGCCCAUCCCCCAUCCCCAACUGAAAAAGAAGUGCCACAUCCUGCUAAAAUGGACUGUGCCAAACUGCACUGCUGCUCCAAGGCCAACACCUCACUCUGCAGGGACAUGUGUCAAGAGAUUAGCACAAACUGGGGCAGCCAAACGUGGCAAGACUUUGACAAGCUGUGUGAGUACAACCCAGUGGAGACUGAGCUGAUCAACUGCCUGGCUGAUGUAAGAGAGCCCUGCCAGUUGGGGUGCAAGGAUCUCUCCUAUUGCACCAACUUCAACAAUAGGCCCACAGAGCUGUUUCGCAGCUGUAACAUGCAGUCAGACCAAGGAGCUAUGAAUGACAUCAAGCUGUGGUCCAAUGGAACAAUCAAAAUGCCUUUUAUGAACAUUCCUGUUCUGGACAUCAGGAAGUGUCUGCCGGAUAUGUGGAAGGCGGUUGCUUGCUCCCUGCAGAUCAAACCGUGUCAUAGCAAGUCCAGAGGGAGCGUCAUAUGCAAGUCGGAUUGUGUGGAAAUCCUGACCCAAUGUGGGGACAGAAAACAUUUUAACGAGGAACAAACUCCUGAGAGGAUAUGUGAGCUGUUGUCGCCCAUUGACGACCCUGAACGCUGCAUCCCCCUCCACAGAUACCUCACCCCAAGUUCCCUGGGAAAUAGUGUUGUUGAAGAGGUCAUCCAUCCAUGCAACCCUAACCCUUGCCCGAGCAACCACUUAUGCCAGGUCAACAGAAAGGGUUGCCUUGAUGAGCUCAACUGUCAGCCAUUUCUCUGCGUGCCAGGCUGUAAACUCGGCGAGGCUUCGGAUUUUCUGGUGCAACAGGACACACGUUUACAGGUGCCGACUCGCACUGGUCCGGCCGGGUGCUAUGAAGUCUGCACUUGUGGUUCAAGUGGGCGCCUGGAGAACUGUGUGGAGAUGCCUUGUGUGGACACCAGCAAGCCUUGCAUUGUUGGAGGACAGAAAAAAAAUCACGGGGUAUCUUUCAGGCUAGACUGUGACACCUGCUUCUGCUUCGGUGGCCACCCCAUCUGUUCUGACAGAGAAUGUCUCAACAUUGAAAGCUCAGAUGAAGACCGCCUACAUUUUACUGGUCUUCCAUGUAACUGUCCAGAUCACUUCAUCCCAGUGUGUGCUUCCAACGGCCGCACAUAUCCAAGUGCAUGUGUGGCACGCUGUAUGGGUUUCAAGGACCAUCAGUUUGUGUUUGGCCAGUGCCGUUUCACUAACCCCUGUGCCAGUAAACCCUGCCAGAGAAACCAGAGGUGCAUCCCAAAAUAUCAAGUUUGCCUGAGCGAAAUGUCGGACUGCCUGCAGUAUGAAUGCAUCGGCCGGCAGUUGGGUUGCGACAAGAACAGUGUGGAGCCAGUCUGCGAUACUGACGGUCUCAUUCACCCCAGUCUGUGCCAACUGCAACAAGCCGGGAAAACCCUUGCCUAUAUGGGUCACUGUCAGGAAGCCUGCAAGAGUCGGCAGCAAGUUUGUGGGCACAAUGGCGAGACCUAUAAUACGGUGUGUGAGGCCUACUCAGACCGGGUGGCUCUUGACUACGAGGGACACUGUCAGGCUGUGGGGGCCAUGUCUGACAUGGCAACUGACUCUGCCUGCAGUCUAAUUUCCUGUCCACGUUUGUCUACAGCGGGCUGCCAGCCUCUCACACCCCCAGGAGCCUGCUGCCCAAUCUGUGCCAGUCUGCUGCAAGUCCUCUGGAACAAGGAACAAAUGAACAUUUUCUCUAAGCUAAAUAAGAACCAGCCAGUGUCAGUCCACGAUGUCCUUCAAAUGCUGCGACUUCACGUCUCCGUCCCACAGUGUGAUGUCUUUGGCUACCUCAGUAUUGGUCACGAGCUGGUGAUCCUCAUUGCGCCAGUCGACCAGCAUCCAACGCCUCUGCAGAUUGAAGCCUGCAGUAAGGAAGCCGAGAAGAUAGAUUCCCUCAUCAACUACGCCAGUCCAACACUCGUCUCUCACAUUCCCCUCUCUGCUCUCGUUGUCUCUGAGACCAAGACGUCUUCCGUCAACUCCUCCGGGGGAACUCGGCUAUCGCCCCUGCACCCCGCCUUGUGCUUUCUCCUGGGUCUCUUUUUGGCUGCAGCCUCAAGCCCUCAACAGUUGUAAAUACUCAGUAUGCCCUCCCUUUCCUUGUGUUAUGAUCAAUUCUAUGGCCAUCUUUCAGAAGGAAGCCAUAGCGGUGCCUUUGGACAAUCAUAAAAAUUGACUCGCCAGCGUUUCAAACAAUCAAGGUGGAAAAGCUUUGUACAUACAGUAUUAUGACUGGAUGAGAUCCUCACUUUAUUUCCUGUAGUAUGGUGUCUGUAAGUGUUUUUAUGAGCACAGUGUUGCCCCGCUUAUUUGCGAAUCACCGGAUGUGGCAUUUUGGUGCCAAGGAAUUAUGUUGAAGGGAGGAAAGGAGCUUCAUUUAGACAAGGCGUUGCCCUGUCUAAAAAAAAGUAGUGCUUUGCCACCAUUUUGUGGCACGCAUAGGACAUUAUAAGCCUUAAUCGAGGGGCCGUCACUUGCAGAUUUUUUGCUAUUUGCGGCAGGGCUCGAUUUAUCCCCCGCAAAUAGUGGGGUAACACUGUAUACAGUAUUGGAGUUUAUGUGAAUGUGUGCAUUUGUGUGUGUUCGUGUAUGUUUAUGAAGCCUCUUGCUUCAAAUGAUCAGUGUUAAAUCCCAGCAGCAAGCUCUUCUCUGAAAUUUGUUUGGUCAGAAUUGUAUUAGCCAUUAGGGUCUAUCGAGCCCUUUUUUUGUGUGUUCGCCAUGUGGGUGUGUCUCUUGCCCACAAAUACUAUUUUAAAUACUAUUUUGUUGUACAGUAUACUGCCAGCUAUCAAUCAAAACGUGAGGUACAGUAUACCUCGAUCAGCGUUUGAACCUCCUGCCUCUGCAGUGUUAGCGGUACCAUUGGUAGUUUCGUAGUUCACAUAGUUCACUUUCAUGCAGCUGGUGUGGGAGAAAUUCCCACUUGACAUUUUAAUUCACAAUUGCAAUUGACCAAGUUCAGGGUGUAGUACAAUUUACCAUAACAGCUUCCUUGUGACCCUGACCAGGGUAAGUGGUAUAGACAAGAGAUGGAUCGAUAUUUCGCAGGUCUUGUUCAGUGUAGUGCAAGCAUGCUUCACACGUUAUUUCAUUUUUACUACCAAAGACAAUCUAAGAGAUGUACAGAUCACAAAUCACCCAAUCGGUUAGAAGGUUAUAAAACAGUAUGUGGAAUGCAGAAUCAAGGUGAUGGACAAUGGUAACUUUUUGACCAAUAAAAAGAAUAAUUAUCAUUAAUAAGAAAUGGGAAAUUAGCUAAGGAAUUUAAAAACAUAUUCAGGUGCAUCCUUUCCAUGAGAAUUGAAGAUAAUUAAUUCAAAUUUACUGGAAAUAUGGGUUCUUUCUAAAUAAUCAAAUAGUCAUAAUCUGUCAGAUUUGGGGGGAUAUGCUGAGAUAUGGACAGCCAUUAUUUUUGCAUCUUUAACUUUUAUACAAUAGUGGCAACAAAAGUGAGUAAACCCCACAUGAAAAUGUCCAAAUUGUGGCCAAAGUGUCAAUAUUUUGUGUGGCCACUCUUUCCAUCCCUUGGAUGACUUCAGGUUUCAGGUGUUUACUAAUUUUAUUUGGGAUCUGAGCCUUCGUGACGUAAAAUCUUUGAGUAAUUCCAUUUACAGGCUUGUAAUUCCUUUUACAGGCUUGGGUCGGUUUUGCCACACCCAAUAACUGAGAAUUCCAAAGGGCACACAUUUUCUUGGUGUAUACAGUAUUACAUUUAGAUUCAAGAUUAACUAAAGAGGGUAACAGUGUUUUGUGCCAUCUGGUCAGUCGUGGUUCAAACAUAAAGUAAAAAAAAAAAAUGUCUCAUUAUAUUAAACUAAUUUAUUACUAUGACAGUGUUCCACCACAUAUUCACAAUUUGUUAUCUGUGAAUUCAUCUAUUCUCAAUUUUUUUUAACCUAUUCUUUUAUUUGCCGAAAACUCACCUAUUUGCUGUUUUUGUGUUUAGGCCAAGGCCCUGUCUCAUAUAAAAGUAUUGCUUUGGCGCUAUCCUGUGGCAUCUUGGUGACAAGUAACAAUGUUGAGGUGUGAGGAGCUUCAUUUAGUCAGGUAUGCAGUCACUGUCUUAUUAUUAUGGCCACUCCAGACUAGAGAUCAGUGUUUGACAGACUUUCUAUUUUAGGCUAUCGGAAUAAUAGAACGAAUCUCUCGCUCUCUCUCUCUCUCUCUCUCUCUCUCUCUUUCUCUCUCUCUCUCUCUCUCUCUCUCUCUCUCUCUCUCACACUCUUUCUGAAUGAUCUGAACUCCUGUUUCCACGCCAGUGUCAUAUUGAGCAGAAUAAUGCUACCUUGUGGAUUUCCCUUGUUGGCAUCUGUGUGGAUGUUGCUGAUCUUCCCGUUGUACUUGUUUCGAGCACAAACUAGUUGAGACUGACUCAGGUAGUGCACAGAAUUUCGCUCCAGUUGCUUUAAUAUCCACAAAUUUGAUCAUUUAAUCGAUUUAAUUAUUAUUGUUAUGCUCACCCUUGGCCCACAACUUCAUAGGAACUGAAAGUAGGAACAUAAGGACUUGAGCAUGGGAUGAUGAUUAGAUGGCUCCAGCCAUUAUGUUUGGGAAUAUGAAGGCUUGCAAUAUUAAGAAGACACUAAUGUGGGUUAUGGUUUGAAAAAUGAAAAAAAAAAAAAAAUAUAUAUAUAUAUAUAUAUAUAUAUAUAUAUAUAUAUAUAUAUAUGAUGUCAUCCUUAUAUCACAUGUAAAGCGACCCUCAAUCCAUAGAUGGAAUGAAGCAAUAUAAUCAUGGUUUUAGUGGUGAAUUUUAUCGUCCCUAAUUUGAGGGUUGUACAGUAUGACCUUUAAUGCAAUAUUUUUAUGUAUGGGAAGUCGUUUGAGGGUUUAUUCAAUAUCGCUGAUGUCCAUCUUAAGGUCAAUGUACGAGUAUGCUCUUUGUCCUCACAAUUAAGACAAUUCAAGUAGAACGACAGCGUUUCUUACUAGUAAUGUUCUUCCCACUACUAGUGCCAAUUUUGGCCUACUAGUAUGAUCUUAAGGUGAAUAUCAAGGAAAUUACAGUAAAUGAAUGCUCAAACAGCUUUCCAUAAACCCAUUUGAACAUUUAUUCAAUAUACUUAAUAUUGAAUAAAUGCUCAAACGACUCUGAUAUCCUCAAUAUCCAUCCCAUCUUUUGUGUGAGGCCAGUAGUUCUUAAGUUUAAAGUAUUAAAAGGGAUUUCACCUAUUUGUACAUUUACCGUAUAAACUAGAAGCCAUUUAAUUACAAGACAAUCAGCUACCCAUACUCCUCUCUGGGUAGAGAUUUCCAUUGUAUGCCUUGCAUAAUAGUGUCUUAUGAAGUAUUAUUACUAAUGCAAUAUCUUUAUGUAGCUAAUGCAAUAUAUUUUUUGUUAAGAAAUGUCUCUAUAUUUGAUAAGUACAAUAUAUGAAAAAUGUUUCAGAUAACUACCAUGGGUGCCAUGUUUUUGAAUAAAUAGAUGUUAUUUUUGUGCAUGAUGACACUAAUGAAGUGAUUUUCUUCAUGUAUUUUCUAACUGCCUGUACACCACACGUCUUUACCAGUAUUACUGUGCUAUGCAGAUUAGUUCAGGGUGCAAAGGAAUAUUAGGGCCACAAUGGGAUGCGUAAAGUAAAAUUACAUGGGGAAAUUUUUUUUAAAUUUAUGAGUAUAAUUUAGCACUGUUAUGAGAAUACAGUCAGUCAAAAGUCAUAUAUUUUAGAAUCAAGUUGUAAAUUUACUGGAAUCAAAUCAUAAUUUGAAAGCAUGACUGUAAAAGAUUCCCACAUGACUAUUACAACUUUAGUCAUGUAAUAUUAAGACUUAUUUAUCACAAAAUUGCGAAUUUAUUGUCCUAAUGUUUCCACUGAAUUUUUAAAGUAGUAUAAAUGUUUUUAUUACUCCUUCAUAACAGGGAAAGCUCACCUGGCUCCUACAUAUUAUUCUAUGUAUGUAUCUAUUAUUAUUAUUGUCGUUUUUAUGACCUAAUGGUUAUUGUUUGUUCGUGCCAACAUUGGUUAUGUUAGUUUUGAAAAAAAAAAAAUGUUUUUAAAUGUUUGUCCAUGCCUUUGUUUUCCCUACAUGGGAAACAGUUCUUUUUCAGGACUGAAAAACUAUAAAUGUUGCAGUUAAGAUGUGAAGACUGAAAUGAAUCUAGUGUGGAAGAACAGCAUGGCUCUGUUUAAAUUUUUUAUUAUUAUUUUUUUAAUCUGUGGUUUAAUUACUUUGUAUCUUAUUUCGUAUUGUUUGCAUGUGCUUGAAAUGGGCAUUUUGCGAAGAACCUUGGACAGAGCCAACGUCUUCUACCUUAGGUCAUAUUGAGUUUUAUUGUUUAGCAAGAGGGCCCUCUGCUGUUUAUAUUGAACAGGGUCCAUCAGCCAUAACAUUAUUAUUAUUAUUUUUUGUACCAAUAUGUUCUCUUACCAAAUUGACUGCUUAUGUACACAUUGUUUCGUGUUUAUUUUCAGUGUAUUUGAUUAUGUAAAAAUGAUAAUAAUUUAAAGAAAUGUAGAACAAACUUCACAUAAUUCAUAUUUUUCAUGAAAUAUAUAAAAGCAAUG